AUGGCAGAGCAAGGAAGUCAGCUGGAUUCAGUGAAUUUCUCUUGUUCCAUCUGUCUGGAUCUACUGAAGAAUCCAGUGUCUAUCCCCUGUGGGCACAGCUACUGCAUGAACUGCAUUAAAACCUACUGGGAUGAAGAGGACAAGAAGGGAAUCCACAGCUGCCCUCAGUGCAGGACGACAUCAGCAGUUUUAGUGGAGGAGGAGCUGAAGAAGACUGGACUCCAAGCUUCUCCAGAUGAUCUCUGCUACGCUGGUCCUGAAGAUGUGGCCUGUGACAUCUGCAGUGAGAGGAAGCUGAAAGCCAUCAAGUCCUGUUUGGUCUGUCAGGACUCUUACUGUGAGAAACACCUCCAGCGUCACUAUACCAUAGCUCGAUUAAAGAAACACAAGCUGGUUUCCACCUCAAAGGAGCUCCAAGACACUUUGUCCCUAAAUUGUGACAUCUGCUCUUGUCACAAUGAGGCGAUGAAGCUGUUCUGUCGUACUGAUCAGCAGAAUAUCUGUUAUCUCUGCACAAUGGAUGAACAUAAAGAUCAUGAAACAGUCCCAGCUGCAGCAAAAAGGACUGAGAAGCAGAAGGAGCUCGAGGCGAGACGACUAAACAUCCAGCAGAGAAUCCAGGACCGAGAGAAAGAUGUGAAGCUGCUUCAGCAGGAGGUGGAGGCCAUCAAUGGCUCUGCUGAUAAAGCAGUGGAGGACAGUGAGAAGAUGUUCAAUGAGCUGAUCCGUCUGAUCCAGAAAAGAAGCUCUGAUGUGAAGCAGCAGGUCAGAUCCCAGCAGGAAGCUGAAGUGAGUCGAGUCAAAGAGCUUCAGGAGAAGCUGGAGCAGGAGAUCGCUGAGCUGAAGAGGAAAGACGCCGAGCUGGAGCAGCUCUCACACACAGAGGAUCACAACCUGUUUCUACACAACUACCCCUCACUGUCAGCACUGUGUGAGUCUACACACUCAUCCAGCAUCAAUAUUGGCCCUGUGAGGUACUUUGAGGAUGUGACAGCAGCUGUGUCAGAGCUCAGAGAGAAACUACAGGACAUCCUGAGAGACAAAUGGACAAACAUCUCACUGACGGUCACUGAAGUGGACGUUCUACUGUCCCAAACAGAACCAAAGACCAGAGCUGGAUUCUUAAAGCAUUCACAGGAAAUCACCCUGGAUCCAAAUACAGCUUACACUCAUCUGUUCCUCUCAGAGGGGAACAAGAAAGCAACAUUAAUAAAGCGAAACAAGCCUUACGCUCGUCACCCGGACAGAUUUGCUUCAUGCAGGCAGGUCCUGAGCAGAGAGAGUCUGACUGGACGGUGUUACUGGGAGGUGGAGUGGGGAGGGAGGGUUUGUGUAGCAGUCGCAUACAAGAAUAUCAGCAGAGCUGUGUGCCCAAUUGAAUGUGCGUUUGGAUACAAUGACAAAUCCUGGGCUUUAUACUGUGACACAAACAGCUGCACAUUCAUGGACAACAGAGUCCAAACUGUCCUCUCAGGUCCUCGGUCCUCCAGAGUCGGCGUGUACCUGGACCACAGAGCAGGUAUUCUGUCCUUCUACAGCAUCUCUGAGACCAUGACUCUCCUCCACAGAGUCCAGACCACAUUCACUGAGCCGCUCCAUGCUGGACUGAGCCUUUUAGGAUUUGGAGUCACUGCUCAGUUCAGUAAAGUCAGACAGACGUAGAGGGGCCGGUUCAUGAUGAUCUGUGUCCUUCUGUUGUAAUCUGAAGGAGUCUUUACAACUUAGAGGAGUUUAUAAAGGAAUAAAACACAAUUAUAAGCUCAGCAGACGUCUCAGUGACUGUGAAAGUGGAGGAAUCAGGUGGCUCUUUAGCCUGUGACUCAGUGUAACUUCCAUUUAUCAGACCGUUUUUCUAAAGUUAUGGUCCAACUUUCAGAACCAAAAAACCCGUCAGAAGGUAGACUAAAUCCAGAGAGUACU